GACCUCGACACGGGCUGGGCUACGAUCGGCGAGGCGACGCGGGCGGGGAAGUCGAUACAAGCGGACGUCUAUGAGGAGUGGCUGAGGCUGUGCGUCGCGGCGAGAGAGGAAGAUGCCGGAAGGGGCGAGGAGAUGAUGUUAGGGCUUCUGCAGUUUCUGCGAGACAAAAGAAUAUAUGUGCCUCUGGACGCCGUCACUCCCAUUCGCGGCUGGUUUGAAAGCAAGCCAGAUGAAAACUGGGUUGUGAAAUAUGCCACCGUGUCAAAAGCGGGAGAGUGUUCAGCAUGCGCUGCCCACCUGGAGCCAAUCAACAUAUCUGGGAAAGAUUUUGAGAAAAUGAGAACUACCUUUAUGGAACGCGUAGUGAAGGGCGAAGAUACAUUCCUGAACUCGACGCCAGAAGAGGUGGGGCUUUUCAAGCGGUUCGUAGAGACGACCGCGCCGUACGACGUCGUUGUGGACGGGUUGAAUGUUGGCUAUCAACAGGCUGGCAGACAUGCCACUCACACCGACCAGGCUAAGAUGCUGUACCAGGUCACCGAGUAUCUCGCGAAGACGCGUGGGAAGAAGGUGCUGGUGCUGGGACGACGGCACAUGAACGGAUGGCCAAAGAAAUACAUGGCUCCUAUACAGCAGAUGGCUCACUGCUUCCUCGCUGAAAAUCUAUCGAAGGACGACCCGUUUCUCCUGUAUGCAGCCAUGUACAGUGGACUUGGAACGGUAUUCCUUUCAAAGGACAUGAUGAGGGACCAUCUCUUUAAGCUGGGCGAAGAGUUUGACACGUUUUUCCGCAAGUGGCAGUGGAGUCACCAGCUGCAGCUGCUGCACAUCAAACCUGGGGGAGCUGUCAGAUUGAAGGCGCCGAUGAAGUUUGACACGCUGGUGCAGAGGAAGGGCGACGCAUGGCACAUCCCGUACGAGAGCGGCGUGCCGCGCUACUCGUACGAGGUGCCUGACACGUGGCUGUGCGCGACGAAGCGAGCGAGCGACGCCGGCUGAGGGAGGAACGCUGCCGACGCUGCGGACAUCUUCGCGAUCGCUCGGAGCCGCGCAUGACAACACGCGUUACUCGGCUGUGACCGAGUUCGUCAUGCGUAGAAGCAACGAAGUCGAUCGACCGAAGCACGGUGGUCCAUGAUGAAGCAUGCCGAAAUACGUUCCACGCAGAGGGAGCUAUGGAGGCGACGCACAAACGUAUAUUUGUUCUCCAAUGAUGACCUGGCACCUAUGGGCUGCUACAGAUUCGCAGUUUGAACGAGUGAAGCAGUUUUACGUGCCUAUAGUUGCUUUUAUAGGCAUCCUUUUUUAAAUGCUACCGUGCAUGAGAACAUGUAUGUUUAACUUUAAGGCGUCAGUUCUUAUGAUACUGAGCACAGAGUGGCAGCAGUGUAGGCCAUGAGGUUUAACAUGGAUCGGUCGUGUUAAUAAGCUAUGUAGAUGCAUAUAUGCAUUGCUAUACAUCAGCAGUUUAUUUGAGGGUUUGUCAGGAUGGUCGAAUGUUAUUCGCUUACUGUGACACACUGUUAAGUGAAUGUAAACAUCUGACGAUUGAUUUUAGAGUGUACACUCUCAAAUGCAGACAUCGUUUUAUUGAUCUAAGGAAACCAACUACUUGCCUCUUAUGGGCCGUGUGUAUGCGAUAUGAAACUUUAACAUAAAUAGAUAGAUACUUAGAUAGAAUCCUGACUAUUUUCCCGCGGUCGCCGUGCGCCUUUGCCGCGGAACUGCGGCGCAAGAUCUGCGCUUAUAGCGCUUGGGAUCACACCCUCCUUUCGGCAACGCUUCUCUGUAUCCCCGUCUCAUCUGGGUAAAUGAGACUUUUUGCAUUAAAAGAAAAUGUAUCACGCAAUAACAAAGAAUCUAUCUAGGCUAUCAUGUUUCAUGUGCAUUCAAAGCCUGUGAUUUAUUUCUUACUGUGUAGGGAAUUUUUCUACUUUAUUAUGGAUUUGUGGUUUCAUCUUAAUUUUAUUUAAACGUUAUCGUCAUACUCAC